AUGACUUAUCAAAGGCAACAGGGCUAUAAUCAGCAACACCAACAACAAUUAACCUACCAACCACCUCAUCAGCAGCAUGAUAGUAACAUGAUCGAAAUCAGGGGUAUGCUGCAACAACUCAUUGAGACAAAUGGAAAGAUGCAAGAGAAGUUAGUUGCACAUGAUUCAACAAUCAAAGGCAUUGAAACUCAACUGGGACAGUUAUCUAUGGCCUUGAACAAUCGCCCACAAGGAACAUUGCAUACAGAUACAAACGUUAAUCCAAAGGAGCAGAACCAGAAUCAUCUCAUGGCAGUGAGUCUCAGGAAUGGGAGAGAUUUAGACAGGGAGCAAGAAGUUGCUCAAUCCAGGAGAGAGACAAUGCCAACUACUCCAGCUGCUCCAGUUACAUUAGAGAUCGAUGAGUCGGCAGAGCUCACCGAGGUUGUAAGCAAGCAAGCACAUGUUGACAAGGGUAAGGAGAAGGAAGGUGAACAACUCCUAGAACAGGUAGUAGAAAAAGCUUCCAGCAAAGAAAAGACGCAAAGCAGUAGGCAGAGUUUGAUUCCUGCACCAUUCCCUCAGAGGGAAAUGCCAGGGUAUGCAAAAAUAAUGAAGGACUUGAUGUCGCGAAAAUUUGACUUCCAGGGCCUGUCCACUGUAACUCUAACGCAGACCUGCAGCGCGGUAGUGACAAGAACUAUGGCUCAAAAGGUGUCUGAUCCAGUGAAAAGACCGACUGGAAUUCUUGAUGAUGUGCUUGUUCAAGUGGGGAAAUUUUUAUUCCCUGUAGACUUCGUCAUUAUUGACUGUCAAGUGGAUGAAGAGAUACCAAUCAUUUUGGGCAGGCCGUUUCUAGCCACUGUGAGAGCAUUGAUUGAUUGUGAUACUGGGGAUUGA